UUCCUAGUGUUGCAUUAUUUGAUAGAGAAAAUAUGGGUUCCAAGUUUGCAGAAGCACUUUUUGCAAUACUUCUAAUUGCUUCAAUGGUAGCAGUUAGCACAGCCAACAAGGAUUGGCAGCAGGGGAACUACACUGGCUGGGGUUUCAACCGUGGUCCAUAUCACCUCAACAAGACAGAAGGACCCAACAAGAUCAUUGUUGGUGGCUCCGAAAAUUGGCAUUAUGGUUUUAACUAUGCAGAUUGGUCUCUUAAAAAUGCCUCAUUUUACGUCCACGACACUCUAGUUUUCAAGUAUGAUCCACCAACCAACAGCACACGUCCUCACAGCGUGUACUUGCUACCAAACCUCUGGAGCUUCAUAAACUGCGACUUAAGCCACGCCAAGAUGGUGGGAAGUCCGACACAAGGAGGCGGAAACGGCUUUGAGUUUGUGCUUAAGAGCUGGCAGCCUUACUACUUCGCUUGUGGCGAGCAUGGUGGUGCUCAUUGUAAAGAUGGAAUGAUGAGGUUCUUCGUCUUCCCAAAGCUUCGCGGCUGGCAUUAUUGAGAGUUUGGACAUGAAUACGAAAACUCGAUACUUGUUUCUGGAGCUGAAGCGUAGUUCAAUUAUUUUUCGUAAUCGAUUAGUUAAUUUUUUCAGCAAAUAACAAGACUUGGCAUAAAGUUUUGACAUAAAUAUUGUAGUUAUGUAGCUGAUCAUAA